AUGAAGAUCCGCCGCCGCUUCUUCAAGAAGGACGCCCGAUACAUUGCCCUCCAAGAGCUCAACGGCGAGGGCAAGUACCGCCGCGAACGUGCAUCGUUGGACCUCUCCAGCCUAGAGUCCGACACCGACACGCCGAGUCUGAAGAAGCGCCUGUCCAUCGUCUUCACCCGACGGCCCUCCUCCCGCCUCUCUCUCACCUCCACGACUCAGUGGAAGCGCGCGUCCAUCAGCCGCGCCGUCACCGCCACCCGCGACGCCCUGGCGGGCAUGCCCCUCUAUCGCCGCGACAGCCACUACAGCAGCAGCCGCUACAGCGAUGACAGCGACGCCGACGACGACGACGAAGAGGUGGAUGAGCCCGUUCAGAGGACGGCGUCGGCCGGCGCUGUUGAGGGCAUCAAGAAGAGGACCAGCUGGGUCCAGAGUUGGAUGGCAACACCAGCACCCGAGUUUGGCUGCACCUUUACCAUUGCCCACUCGACCCUCUUUGUCGGGGUGUCCGCGUAA